AUGGCUGCUUCGACGAACCCAGGCGAGCACUUUUGGCAAGAGGAGCAGGCCAGAAGAUUGGAUAUAGAAGACAAGCUUGCACGGAAUAUGGCAGUGGUCCCAGUCCGCAAUGUCGACCACAUAGACCCAGGAAAAUUGCCCACAGUAAACAUGAAAGUCGAUGAAUGGAAAGCUCUGCACAAUCCCAUUUUCAAGAUAUUCAACGAAAGAGGUGAUGGUGCUAUCGAUCAGCAGAGCGAGACGUACAUUCUAAACCAAUCUAUUAUGAUGAGAGACCUAAUUGUGAAAACACAUGAGAAAACUCUCCAGUAUCGAGCAAAAGGUCGUGUGUGGCGAGGCUUGCGAAAUCGAUCCGAGCAAUAUCUUCUGGAGUUUCGACGAGCCACUCAGUACUACUUUACAAACCAAAACGAUAGCAGUAAGCAACGAAUGGAUCCUGCAAUAUUUCAAACGGCUGUUGCGGAUUUCCAUGCUGCUCUGUCCACCACUCUCAAGGGUCUGCGUAUUGCGAUGGCAGAGGAAGCGAGCGUUGCGGAAGUGAUUGACACGGAAUAUGAUUCAGAUGAAGGGGAACCUAUCAUUAAUUUGAAGACAAAUCACAAUACACUUCAGCCAUUCAGUGACCUUGUGCAGGGCAUUAUGGAGAUGUCAGAUAUUAUGAGGUCUAGACAGAGAGCAAUGGCCGGGUCUAAGCCAGCCUCUAUCGAUAAUUUGACUGAAGCAAACAAAGGACUUGAGAAGAGAUUGAAUGAGCAGCGUGCAAAAGUCGAGAGGUUGGAGAGAGAAAAGCGAGAUUUUUUCAAUGCACGUGGGCCCCCUCCACCUGGCCAGAAUUGUGCCAAAGAGAAAGCCGAGAACGAGAGAUUGGAGAAUGAACUGCAGAUAGCGGGGGAGGUCCUGGCUGAAACCAGAAGACAAUACGCUCAACAAAGCGAAUAUAUCGAUAACGUCUCGAGAGGUCAGACGGUACCAGCGGCGGCAGCUGCCGCUGGAGCUGCAGAACCAGCGGAUGGUGUUCAUCUAUCCGAUCAGGCUUUUGACGAAAUGUGCAGACAUUUCGAAAGCUAUCAUGCGAAUGCGGAAGCAUCCAAUGCCAGAGUUCGGGAGCUCGAAAACGGGUUGAGAAACGCUGCACUUCCGCCAGGCUAUGGAAAGCUAGGUGAUAAUCCAACUAACGAUCAGAGGAAGGCAAUGGAAGAGGAGCUUCGAAUUGAGAAAGCCAAGGCCAAGGAUAUCGAGCAAGCAAAAGAUCAAUUUAUUCACAAGUUGCGAGGGCAAUUAGAGAAAGCUAACGUUGAUAAAAAAUCAUUCCAAGAUAGUGAAGGGGCGCUCAGACGGCAAAUAAAUGAGUUAACCACUCAAAGGGAUGAAGCUGUCCAAAAAUUCGAAGCUGUGAAGGACGUGGAGGGCGACUUGAAGAAGGAUGCAGCUGUAAUUUCAGUAGAAGCAUUGAAACGGCUACGGGCCGAGAGAGAUAAGCUUGCACAAAUGGCCGAAGAUUACGAUACAGAAGCCAUAAUUAGAUUCAAAGGCGUGAAUGAACUCCGAAAACGGAUCGUUGAAAAAGACGAAGAAAUUAGAAGUUUGAGGGUCAUGCUUGAAUGGGAUACUCGUGCAAGCAGGGAUCGACAGGAAAUCCAAGACCUCAGAGAAAGAAUUAUCGCCUAUGAGCAUGCAAUUGAUGAUAUUAUUGCCAAAGGAGUCGUAGAUGACUUAGACGGCUCCGAUGCACCAGAUCCAGUUGACCCAGUAGACAAGGCGGAGCUAGAUCGUCUAAGAAAUGAGGUAUUAAAACCUGAGUCUGAUGCUUUAGCAUCUGGAAUCACGAUUGCAGACCUACGAAGGGAGAUCGCGGCCAUGACAACAGUCAUCCAAGAUUUACAAGGUAACCUCGCGCAAGCGAGAGCAGUUCGUCCGGAAGAAGUUGGCCCAGAUAGCCCCCUUGCCCGAGUCCAUGCCGAGCUUGAGGAACGGGACCAGCGCAUCGCGGAUCUGGAUGCUCGAAUUGCCGAUAACAGUGGCAGACAUGAACAACAAGUGAGAGAUCUUCAGGCAAGACUUGAUGACGCGAGAUUAAACGCCAAUGGUAUCUCACCGGAAGAAUUGCGAAAUUUGAGGAAGAAUUUGGCCAAUUUGAGAAAACAACAUAAUGCAGAUCAGAUAACUCUUGCAGAUCAGCUAAGCGAGCUUGAGGCUUGUCAAAGAAGAGGCGCACUAAAGGAUAAACAAAUACAACUUUACGUUGCCAGUCAAGCCGCCGGUGGAGGUAUUGCCGCUUCGGCAAAUGAUAAUGCUGUCGGCCAAUUACUACAAGAGCUUCGAAAUGAAAAUGAUACCUUGGAAGCAGAUUUGAGAAGACUGAAGGAUGAAAGGGAAAGGAAAGCGGAAGAGGAGAGAGCCAAGGCGGAAGCGGAACACCAACAAAAUGUGGAAGAUGUUGCGAGGGAUCAAGCAAUCCGAGAUGAAAGUGUGGCAUCAUUCGAUUCAAACGAAGAAGUUAAUAAGCAACAUAUAGCAAGAAUCAAUGUACAGAGAGACAGAAUUGUUCAAUUGGAGCGGCUAAACCGAGAUCUUCAACUGGAAGUUACCGUCAUGAAAGCAACUGCGGCGGGUAAUUUAAAACAACGAGGAGUUCUCGAAGCACGAAUAAGGGAUCUUCGAAAAGAAAGAAAUGCCCUUCGAGAAGCACAGAACGAAGGGGGCGCGGCCGCGGCCGCGGCUCCCGAGGAUACUGACAUGAUUGAAAGCCUCGAGGCUCAAAUUGCCGAUCUCCAGACGCGACUUGAUGCAUGUGAGGGAACGGGCGCAACUCUUCGAGAACAGAGAGAUCAAGCGAUUGCAGAAAAUGAGGGAAGCAAGGCACUAAUGGCUGAUCUACAGACAAGGCACGACGCAAUGGCGGGCGAGGGUCCUAAGCUUGGAAUGAAACGUAUCAAGACACGUAUUGCCAACCAGGCUAAAGCAACCAAGGCCAGGAAUAUUGCCGCCAGAGAAGCUGAAGUCGCAGCCGGAAACGUAACAAUUCCUCCGGGACCAACAGCAUCUGAAUUGGAAAGGAGAAGGGAAAGAGAAUUGAGAGAUCGAGCGGAAGAGAGGAGACGAGCGGAAAAGGAAAGACAAGCUGAAAGGAAGAGACAAGAAGAUGAGAGGAAAAAAGCGGAAGAAGAAGCUUUUGCAGUGAUAGGAGGGGAGGAAGAGGAGGAGGAAGAUAAAAAGGUAUCAAGCGAAGAUGAAUUCGCAGAGGAAAAGGAAGAGGAGGAGGAACCAGAACCAAAACCAGAACCGAAAGUUCCUUCUCCGGGCAGAAUUACGAGAGCAAGAGCGAGGUCACUCGCUACAACGCAAGGAAUGACGCCGGAGGAGAGAAGGCAACGAGCAGCAGAUGAACAAAGAGAGAAAGAUGCUGCGGCGGCGCAUAAGGUAAUAGAUGACGCAGCCGCGAAGGCGGGAGAAGAUCGAGUGAAAGCUGAUAGGGCGGAGGCUGCUAGGAAGAGAGCUGAAGACCGGGCGGCCAAAAAGGCGGAGGCUGACAAGAAGAAUGCUGAAGAACGCACGGCUAAAAAGGAGGAGGCUGACAAGAAGAAAGCUGAAGAACGCGCGGCUAAAAAGAAGGAGGCUGACAGGAAGAGAGCUGGGGCACGCGCGGCUAAACAGGAGGAGGCUGAUCAGAAGAGAGCUCAGCAACGCGCGGCUAAAAAGGCGGAGGCUGACAAGAAGAGAGCUGAGCAACGCGCGGCUAAAAAGGCGAAGGGAGACCAAAAGAAAGCUGAUGAUGCCGCGGCGAAGAAGGUGGAAGAGGAUAGGAAGAAAGAGAAAGAGAAAGAGGAUAAGAAAAAGGCGGAUGAUGCAGCGAAGAUGAAGGAAGAGGAAGAAGAUAAGGAGGAAGAGGAGGAGGAGGAGGAGGAAGCCUCUUCGGAGUCAUCUGAAAGUGAAUUGAAAGAUAAAAACGAUGAUCAAGAUGAUGAUAAAGACGAUGAUCAAGUGGGAGGAGGAGGAGCAGGAAGAGGAAGAGGAAGAGGAACAGGAAGAGGUAGAAGGAGAGGAGGAGGAGGAGGAGGGGCAGGAGCAGGAGCAGGAGCAGGAGCAGGAGCAGGAGUAGGAGCAGGAGCAGGAGCAGGAGCAAGAGCAGGAGCUGGAGCAGGAAGAGGAGCAGGAGGGGGAGGGGCAGGAGGGGCAGGAGGGGCAGGAGGGGCAGGAGGGGCAGGAGGGGCAGGAGCAGGAGCAGGAGCGGGAAGAGGGCGAGGGAGAGGAGGAGCAGCAGGAAGAGGAAGAGGAAGAGGAGCAGCGACAGUACAAAAUGUAGCUGAACAAACUCGCGGAGAAGUAACCGAAGUGGAAACCGCGAGUGCGAUAUUCGCAGCCGAACCACGAAGAUCCAGUUUCCUAACUCAUAAAUUGGACACCAAACCAACAGUCACGUUUGACGAAGAGAAAUAUGUUUUUGGGCUAGGGGAUACCGAGGAUGAGUUGGCGACGUCGGAGGGGAGUGGAAGAAGUUUUGGUUUGAAGAGGAGUCCUUCUCCUUCGAUGUUUGAAUCGGAUGACCGCAAGAGAGUUAGGAGAGAGCAGUUUGAAGUUGGUUACGCAUUUUAA